AUGAAUAUCAAUCAAAAUUAUUCACCUCAACUUAUUCCAAUAACUUUGUCCAAAUCUUUACAUCUUCCUCCUAAUACCAAUCGUACAGCUAAAGUUUUCAUUCCUAUUUCGUCUAUUAGUUCACCAUUUAUUCCUCAUCAACACUUUAUACUAAAUAGUGCUUUAUAUAUUCCACAUAAACUUCUUCAAUUUUACAAUCAUUUUUCUACUAUAACAUUAUCUAAUACAACUCUUUAUCCACAAUUCGUUACUAAAGGCGUUUGUAUUGGAUUCUUAUGUUCUUAUAUCGUUCAACAACGAAAUAUCCACACGUCGCUUCCAACGACUAAAUCACGUGGUGCCGUCAAAUCUUUUGGCGAGAUGCCAGUCUCUCUUGACUUAGUCAUGGAUAAAUCGACUAAUCAUUAUUCGAACGACUCUUCGAAAUAUUUUCCAAUACACAACCAGUAUAAUACUGAUGUCAUUACAAAUCCCACUACUUGUUAUACAAUUCCUUCGAUACACCCUCAGGUUGAUAAAGAUAUUCGCGAAUUAGCUACCAAACUACAACAUAAACAAUAUCAUGAUGCUCUUCUCGCACUUUUAUACAGUUUCCAUCGAAUUUUUAAUACAACUGAACAUAAUAUUGCUGAUACACCCAUUCAUCAUGUUAUUAACACAAUCCCACAUACACCCCCAGCUUGCAAACCAUAUCCACAACCAGAUAAAGAAGAACCAAUGUAUGCUAUUAUCCAAGAAUUUUUACAAGCAGGUUUAAUUUCAGAAUCUCAUUCUCCAUAUGCAGCACCUGCUAUCCUUGUCAAGAAAAAAGAUGGUUCUUAUCGUUUCGUAGUGGAUUAUAAAAAAUUAAACUUGAUCACAAUCAAAGAUUCUUCACCAUUACCAAAUAUGGAAGAAUCCAUUCGAAAGCUGGGUCAAGGUUACAAAUAUUUCAGUAAAUUGGAUUUAAAAUCGGGAUUUUAUCAAAUUCCAAUUAAUGAAGCUGAUCGCGAAAAGACCGCAUUUGUUACUCCAUUUGGUCUUUAUCAAUUCAACGUAUUACCUAUGGGUCUCAUUAAUUCACCACCAACAUUUCAAAAAGUGAUGAAUGAUACGCUGAAACCAUGCCGACAAUUUUCUCUCGUUUAUCUUGAUGACAUCAUUGUCUUCUCAAGAUCUUACGAAGAACAUAUGAUACAUCUCGAACAAGUAUUCUCGGCUUUAUCAUCAAAACAUUUUGUACUUAAUCCUCCAAAAUGUGAACUUAUGGUUUCAACAAUCAAUUAUCUUGGACACACAAUUAGUGAGAAUAGAAUUACACCAAUGAAUGAAAGAAUACAAGCUAUUCUCAACAUUAAAGAACCAAACACAUUAGCUCGUGCAAACAAAUUUAUUGGUGCUUUAAGCUGGUACAGAAAGUUUAUUCCAAACUUCGCCACCAUAGCCGCACCAAUACACGCCGUAACAAAUCUUAAUAAAAAUGACCGGCGUAAAUUCAAAUGGACAUCCGAACAAUCCAAUGCAUUUCACCAACUCAAACAGAUGCUAACAACUGCACCAUUAUUUCUUCAUUUUCCAGUCGAUGAUAAACCAUUUAUAUUAACGACUGAUGCAAGUGAUUUUGGCAUUGGAGGUGUUUUACAACAAGAGGUCAAUGGUGAAUUAAGAAAUUUAUAUUAUCAUUCCCAAUUAAUGACUCCUUGUGAACGAAAAUAUAGUCCCAUUGAAAAAGAAGCCUUGGCUAUUUACAAAUGUUUUGCUCGUAUGAGACCAUAUUUACUUGGUCGAUCUAUUAUUGUCAAAACAGAUCAUUGUCCAUUAUGCAAUAUUAUGAAGAAAACCGUACGAAAUGCACGCGUCGAUCGAAUUUCUCAUUUGAUCCAAGAAUAUAAUAUUGAAAAAGUUAUUCAUAUAAAUGGUCGUGACAAUUGUUUGCCUGAUUAUUUAUCUCGAUAUCCUCGCGAACAAGACGACGAUUUAUUUGAUAUUGAUUACGGUAUUGGAAGUAAAUCCGCGAUAGUGGAUUCUCCGUCUACCAAUCAAAACCUUUUAAAUGCAAUGUUAUUACGUCCACGAAAAAAUAAAACCGAAUCAGUGAAAGCUACAGCGAAUGUUGAUGCUUUCGUCUCUACUGAUCCGGAUACCACUCUCGUUACAGAUACUAAUGUAUCACAUACUAAAUUCAUACCACAUAAAUUUUCUUCAAAUUACUUUGAUACGAGUAAAUUACAACAAGAACAAGCUCGUGAUCCCAACAUACAAAAUAUUAUUCGUCGACUUCAACAAAAACCGAAUAACUCACCAUUUAUCUUCAAAGAUAAUCUUCUUCGUAAAAUAAUUACAAUUUCUCCGCAUUCUAAACUUAAACGCGAUGUUAUUUACCUCCCAUCGUCUAUGAUCAAGCCACUUCUAUAUGCUUGUCAUAAUGAUCCUAUGACUGGAGGACAUUUUUCACGUGAUCGAACAUACCACAAAAUUAAAAAUCUUUAUUGGUGGCCAAAAAUGAAAUUAUCUAUUUUCCAGCAUAUCAAAUCCUGUCUUGCCUGUCAACAAUACAAUGUCAGUCGUCAGAAAAGACAUGGUCAACUUAAUCCGAUUCCCCCACCUGACGGUCCAUUUCUACUGAUCGGUAUAGAUUAUUGCGGUCCACUUAAAACAACACCGCGUGAAAAUCAGUAUGUCCUUGUGAUAACUGACUACUUCACCCGACAUAUUACCGCCAUCGCCUUACCGAACUGCACAGCAGCAACGACCGCUCAAGCCUUAUUUAAUGAAUAUUUUUGCAAAUAUGGUAUACCAAGUACCAUUCUCAGUGAUCAAGGUCCACAUUUCCAAAAUCAACUGAUGCAAAAUAUUCAAAAAUUAAUCGGAUACAAUCACAUAUACAGUACGCCAUAUCAUCCUCAAACAAAUGGCAUCGUCGAACGUUUCAACAGCACAUUUAUUCCACAAGUCUCAAAACUUCAAGAUACUGAAGACAACAAUUGGGAUGAAUAUUUGCAAGCUGUUGUAUUCGCCUAUAAUUCUGGCGUACAUAAAACCACCAAAUAUUCCCCAUACGAACUCCUUUAUGGUCGUACACCUCGUCUUCCUAUUUCAACACGACGAUCAUAUUUUUCUUUUCUCAAACCCAAUGAUUAUUUCAAUCAAUUACAAAAAACUUUACGUAUUUAUCAUCAAGCUGCUAAACAAAAUAUAUUACAACAACAACAACAUACCACAUACCGAUAUGAUAAAAAUCGUCCAGAUCCACAUUACAAACUAGGCGAUACAGUCUUAACUCGUAUUUAUGGUAUUCGUGGUAAAUUAGAUCCGAAAUUUUCACCGAUACCAAAAGUCAUUAUUUCCGUUAAUCAUCCCAUUUACAUUGUCCAAGAUACUCAAAACAACAUGAAGUCCCAAGUCCAUGUUGGAGAUCUUCGACCAAUUUAUAUUAAUUAG